CCCUAGGUGAAUUAAUUUCUUCCUAGCUAACUUAUCUAAUUCUACCUUGUAAUUUUGAAGUAUUGCUAAAUUAUUGCUUUAUUUUUUUCGUUUGGUCCAAUUGAACGGUACAACCUUGGUCCAAUUCCAAUUUCAAUUCCAGUUCUUUUUCAUCCCCUUUGAUGGUAAGUUCAAUUAUUCGAUGUCUUGUUUAUGCAAUGUUAGCGUCGUGAUUGAAUUUUGCAAAUGUUUUCUGACAAUUUUGAUCAUGAUUCUUGUUAUAACAUACUGAAUUUGAGAAAUUAGGGUUUCAGAUUCAUUUUCUUGUUGCCUCUUCAUGUUCUCUAACAGGCUUGAACCCUAAGAAUCUGUAUUUUAAUUUUCUUCAAGAUCUGUCUUCGAUAAUCUGCCAUUUUAUCUUCCUACCUCCCAAGUAAGUUUCUAAUAGGUUGGAAUUUUCAUUUCUAUUAUAUGAAAAUGUUCAUUGAAGUUAGGCGCAAUUGUUUUAAGGUUUUUUUUCCCUUUCAAUUGUUAACAUUUUUGUCUCUAAUCUCUGAUACUUCAACAUUUCUUCCCUACAUGAAGCCAUAAUUAAGUUCAUCUCCUCCAGUUUCAUUCACAAUAAAAAAAUUUGGUACUCUUAUUUUUUUAAAAAUUUAAGAGUUUUGUUUUUGGACUUUAAUUUUUGUCACUUAGAAUAUUUUUAUCCGUUAUUAAUAUUUAGUUUGUUUGGAUAUAUUAAGUUUAUGAAUUUAGUAUGAAUUGAAUGUCUCGUGAUUUAGAGUAACUAAUUAAGACUUUUAAGAUUUUUUAUGUAUCUUAUUUGAUACUUUUAAAUGUAUUAUGGGAUUGAAUGUGCAAAAUAUUCUAGCACAUUAACUGAAGGAAUGUGUCCGUAGACAUUUCCGAUAAUUACUAAAUAUAAAUAUAUAGGAUAUUUAUGAAGAUAAUAAAGUUAAUUAUUAUUAGUAAUUGUAUUUACUUGCUAGAGAAUAAAUAUAAUUGGUGGGUCAAUAAUAAUUGGACCACGACUAAUAUAAUUAAUCCUAUAAGGUCUUACAAAAGAAUCAAUUGAACGAUAAAUAACUCAGGCCCAUUAGAAGUAUGGGCUUGCGAUCCAAUUAGGUUAACAAAAGAAUCGGUUUCUUUUGACCUAGGUUACUAGUAUUAUAUGAGGAUAUAAUGUUGGUAGUGGAGAAGUGGGGAUAAUGGGGGUGUGAGUAUUAAUGAUAUUUUUAAUUUAAACUCUCACUCUCAAUUAUUCAUACACACACACAGAAACAAAAACCCGUAAAAGCAAGAGAAACAAUACUCUUCCGUUCUAGCAAACGUUGGUAUUCAAUUGAUUCUGGUAGACCGAAUAGAGGAGCAACGUUUGAGGCUCUCCAGAUUAUCUUAUCGCGUUAAUUCGUGGAUUUCACGCUACAAAGGUAAUAUAGACUAAUCCUUUUAUAUGAUUCAUAUGUCUGAUUAUGUUUAUGAUCCUGAGAUAGAUGUUAGGGAAGUGUUUCCUGAAAUUCCGCUUUAAGCAUCUAAUGAGACCCAACAAUGGUAUCAGUUAAGCCUAAUUCAUAAUAUUCAUAUGAUCUAUAUUUCUCUAGAAAGUUAUACAACCGUUUUUUUUUUGCAUGAAAAUAAGAUAUAUUAUGUUAACUGUCUGAAAGUUAUUCAUAAUAUUCAAUUUCAAUUGGAUUGAAAUAUAAAUGCGAAAAACUUGUUUUUCCUGAAAUUUGAAGCCAUUCAUGCACAAAGAUUGUAUAUCAAUUCGAAUUUGUUCGAAUUCAUCAAAAAAAAAAGAAACAAAUACCGAAAAAACCGAGUAGUAUGCGUAGGCCAUGGGCUGUCUAUGGUGGCCGGAGAGAGGCGGGCUGCUGGCGGCUGCUGGGUUCCCUUCUUCAUGGCCACUGUUUUCUUUCUUCCAGUACAAGAUGGUGCUGGAUGAAGAAAUCAUGUCUGGUUCGACUAACAACAACACUCCUGCUUUUAACUUGCGUUGUGUCUUGGAAAAAGACAAAUUGAAUGCAAACAACUUCCUUGAAUGGGAAAUGGCUGUGAGAAUUGUUGUCAGAGUUGAAGGAAGGGAAAGUGUUCUUGACACUCCACUCCCUGAACUCCUGCCAGAAACUGCAACAGUUGUAGAAAAAAGAGCUAGGCAAAAUCUCGAGGCCAAUUCUGUGCAAAUAACAUGUCUGAUGCUUGCUUGCAUGGAACAUGAUUUUCAAAAACGUUUUAACAAUCUUGAUGCCUACACAAUAAUCCAGCAACAUAGAACAAUGUUCGAAAAGAAUGCUCGAUUAGAGAGAUUUGAAGCUAAUUGUAAACUUUUGGAAUGCAAACUGGGCAAGGGAAAACCCGUCGGACCCCAUGUGUUCGCCUUAAUAGGGCAUUUUCAAGUCAUGGAAAAGUUGGGUUUUCCUUAUCCCAAAGAGCUGGCCACUGAUAUUGUGAUCAGAUCCUUGCCAGAAACUUUUGAUGCUUUCAGAUUAAAUUUUUAUAUGCAAGGAGGGGAAGCAACCUUGCCAGAAUUGCAUGGUAUGCUUGUUCAGGCUGAAAGGAGCUUACCUUCUGAACCUGCACUGAAAGAUGUGCUCAUGGUCAGAAAGAAUAAAAAGUUCAAGAAAAAAGGGGCUCCUAAAUGGAAUGGCAAAGGAAAGGUAGUUGCCACUAAUGACUCCUCCAAACCAAAGGCUACUCCAAAAGCUAAAGUAGCAGCACUACAUGAGUGCUACCACUGCCAUAAGAUUGGCCAUUGGAAGAGGAACUGCCCCGUCUAUCUGGAAGAAAAAAAGUCUGGUGCUUUAUCUUCAGGGUCUAAUAAGAAGUAGAAGCUUGAGCAAAGGUGAGGUGGAUCUCCGAGUCGGCAAUGGAGCAAGAGUUGCUGCUUUAGCUAUAGGAGUUUAUAUUUUAACAUUACCCUCUGGUUUAAUUUUAGAACUAAAUAAUUGUUAUUAUGUUCCUGCCAUCACCAAGAACAUUAUUUCAAUUCCGGUUUUGGACACGGAAGGUUUUUCAUUUACUAUUAAGAAUAAUUGUUGUUCUGCAUAUUUAAAUGAUAUGUUCUAUGUUUCAGCUAAAUUAUUAAAUGGGUUGUAUGUGCUAGACUUAGAAACUCACAUCUAUAACAUAGACAGCAAGAAACGUAAAACAAAUGAUUCAAACCCCACUUACCUAUGGCAUUGUCGAUUAGGCCACAUAAGUUCAAAACGCAUAGAGA